GGUGAGGCAGACACAAAAAUCACGCCCAAGCUCGACCCGGCAGCCAUCCGCCACCAACACCCAACCCGCGAGCCCCUCCAGAUUACGCCCGCAUGUCUUGACGGCAUCGCCAGCCCUCGCAUGCGCACAUUUAACUCCGAGACACGUGCCACGCCGCGCUUGUCCGCACCCCCAGUCUCCGGCCGUCGCCCGACCGGCCCGCCAUGAGUGGACGGCUCGUUGCCGUCGGGGCCUUGGCCCCGGUGCGCCGCGCCGCUGUCCGCUACUACCACCGCCUGCCCACCGGCGGGCUCCAGCGUUCAGAUGCUGUCGUCCGUGCCACCCAGCGCCGUAUGUGGCUGUCCGGGAACGACUUCCACAACGCCGUCGCCGUUCGGAACGCCUCCUUCGCCCGCAUCAUCCCCAAACUGGUCUUCAAGUUUGCCAGGAUCCCCGCCCUCUUCGGCGGAGUGAUGAUCGGGGGUGCCGCUUGGGUCCAAUACCAGGCCAUCCAGGUGAGCAACUCGGCCUACGACAUGUACAAAAACACCAAAGACUCGGUAACGACGACCGCUGGCGGCCUGUGGGACGGGGCCCUGAAUAUCGCCGGACAGACGAAGCAGGGUUGGCAAAAUACAAAAGAGAGCUUGGAGAUGCCCGACUGGCUGCGGAACAUAAUGCGGGCAGACGAGGAGGGGGCCACCGGCAACGGCGGGCCUGAUCCCAACGGAGGCAGGGAGCCGCCCAAGCAGAGCCGGGCCGGCGGUGUUGCUGCCGCCGGAGCUAGCGCCGCUGCCUAUGGCUACGACCAGGCUUCCGAGAAGGACAACCGCACGCCCGAACAGGCGGCCAAGGAUGACCAGAUGAUGGUCCUGACCAAGAAGAUGAUCGAGAUCCGAAACAUGCUCCAGAAGGUCGGCCAGUCGAGCACACUAUCCCUCCCAUCCAUCGUCGUUAUCGGAUCUCAGUCUUCAGGAAAGAGCUCGGUCCUCGAGGCCAUCGUCGGGCACGAAUUUCUCCCCAAGGGCACCAAUAUGGUCACCCGCCGACCCAUAGAGUUGACGCUUGUCAACACUCCUGAUUCCGCGAUCGAGUACGGCGAGUUCCCCGAUCUCGGCCUCAGGAGAAUCACGGACUUCUCCUCCAUCCAGAGGACCUUGACGGAGCUCAACUUGGCUGUGCCCAACUCUGAGUGCGUCUCGGACGACCCCAUCCACCUAUCCAUCUACUCGCCCAACGUCCCGGAUCUCUCCUUGACCGACCUUCCCGGCUAUAUCCAGGUUGUGGGCCAGAACCAGCCGCUCGAGCUCAAGCAAAAGAUUUCGGAACUUUGCGACAAGUACAUCCAGCCGCCCAACGUGAUUCUGGCCAUAUCCGCCGCCGACGUCGAUCUGGCGAACUCGGCAGCGCUGCGGGCCAGCCGCCGCGUCGACCCCCGGGGAGAGCGCACCAUCGGUGUUGUCACCAAGAUGGACCUGGUCGAGCCCACACGGGGCUCCGCCAUCCUGAACGAUAUGCAGUAUCCCCUCCGCCUGGGCUAUGUCGGUGUCAUCUCCCGCGCCCCGCAGACGACCAGCCUCUUCAAGAAGGACGCGGGCGAUCUUUCGGCCAACAUCUCCAAGAACGAGCAGUCCUACUUCACGUCGCACCCGAUAGAGUUUGGUCCCGACGCUGGCGUCCACGUCGGCACCACCACUCUGCGUAAGAAGCUCAUGAAUGUGCUGGAGCAAACCAUGUCAGCCAGCCUGCAGGGCACUAGUCAGGCGAUCCGCCAGGAGCUCGAGGAGGCGACGUACGAAUUCAAGGUUCAGUACAACGACCGGCCGCUGUCGGCCGAGUCGUAUCUGGCCGAGAGCCUGGACGCCUUCAAGCACUCGUUCAAGCGAUUCACCGAGGAGUUUGGUCGCCCGCAGAUGCACGAGCUGCUCAAGAACGAGUUGGACCAGCGUGUCCUGGACCUCCUGGCCCAGCGGUACUGGAACAAGCCCAUCACGGACCUCUCGCCGCCGCCGCCGGGCCUGGAGAACCUGGCGGACCUGCCCAAGGCGGACCCGGAGUCUCUGUACUGGCACCGGCAGCUGGAUGCCUGCACGUCCGGGCUCACCAAGCUGGGCGUUGGCCGGCUUGCCACAACGGUGGUGGCCAACAGCAUCCAGGCGCGCAUCGACGGUCUCAUCGGGCAGUCGACUUUUGUCAACCACCCCUUUGCCCGGCAGGCCAUCACGGAGGCGGCGUCUGGAAUCCUGAAUGACCGCUUCUACAGCACGAGCGACCAGGUCGAAAACUGUAUCAAGCCCUACAAAUUCGAGAUUGAUAUGGAGGAGCGCGAGUGGAACCAUGGCCGCGAGCACGUCGCCGGCGUUCUCAAGAGCGAGCUCGAGGCAUGCCAGAACGCCAUGAAGAACCUCGAGAACUCGGUCGGCGGCAGGCGCAAGCUCAAGGAGGUCACCAACUUCGUCGAGAAGGCUAGGCGCGGCGACGUCGUCGUCGAGGGCCAGGGUGCAAGUGGGGCCGGCGGCUUCAGUGCUGCUCUGCUUCAGAAAGGCCGAGAAGCCGUUUUCCUUCGCACUAGGGCCGACAUGAUCAACAUGCGGCUGAUUGCGGUCAAGUCCAAGCAGUGCAAGAGCAUGGACAACAAGUACUACUGCCCAGAGGUGUUCCUGGACGCGGUGGCAAGCAAGCUCGCGUCGACGGCGGUGCUCUUCCUCAACGUCGAGCUGCUGUCGGAAUUUAACUACAACUUCCCGCGCGAGCUCGACACCAGGCUCGGCCGCCACCUGUCGCAGGAGCAGAUCGAUAAGUUCGCCAAGGAGGACCCGAAGAUCCGGAGGCACCUCGACGUCAUCCAGCGCAAGGAGCUCCUCGAGCUCGUGCUGGAGAAGAUGGAGAGCCUGCGCCAGCUCGAGGGCCGCGACCACCCCGGCGGUAUGGGCGGCCGGAGGUCGCAGGACAAGAAGAAGGGCUGGGGUCUGUUUUGAACAAGAGAAAAGGGGGAAACCAAACAAACUGAGGGAUGAAAGAGCAAACCCAGGUUAUGCCGAUUAUACGACUCGCUCACGACGGUUUUUUGAUCAACCACGCGGAGUUUUUGUGGGGUCUUGUUUUAUGCUUUUCUUUUUUGAUGAUUUAUACAGCUCUUGGAUGACUUGUUUACUCGACAAUGGUGGCAUUUUCUCAUUAGGGUGUCGAACCUAGCCUUUUUUUCACGUCAUCUCCACGUUGAGGAUGGUGGUGGUGUGAUUCUUGAACCUUUCCGGGCGGGGGGGCGCAUUGAGGGAAGUGUAGAGCUGGUUUUAUGUACAGAGUGCUAGAAUACCCUACUCGGUUCCAUGUAUUCCAUCCAUCGUUGGGCGGGUAGGUAGGUAGGUUGGUGGGGGAACUAAAAGCGACAGAAGAGAAAGUCUAAAGCAAGUUACACAAGGCAAGGCCCGGGUGCUCCAUUAAACACAAUACUCGAAUGCGCAAGCCCACACGGCGCAAAC